CCACCCGAAUUCAGAGAUGUGCCACUGCGUUCAAAACUUAUCACCAUCUUGCCCACAUGCCUGGCUCGAGCUCAUUGACCCUUGCUACCCAGGCCGAAACCUCGACACCUGCCCGCGUUUCCAAGACGGCGCCUUGACAAUUGUCAGUCGAUUACCACCUUUUCGGAAGAAAUGGGCCCCUCCUCACUGUUGUCCGCGGUGCAACCUCGGAGGAUACGAUGGCAGAGUUACAAAGAUGAUUGUUCGGGAAAGUCAUGGUUGCAAGCUUGGCAGGAGUCCACCACGGCCCCCACCGAGGUCGCGGCGCGGGUACGGGUACGGAUAUGGGGAUGACUAUGGGUACGACUACCGGGACCGACGAUAUGGAUAUAGGGAGCCGUCCUAUGGAGGUGGCUGCUGUGUCUUGAUGUGAUAUUGCGGGCUUUAUUUUGGGGGCUAUGUGUUUCUUUUACGAUGCCAUAUUUGUGCUGGAGUUUGGGUGUGUAAGACUAUCACAGUUCUCUGUCUCGGCUUGUCAAGCUUAUGGAGGAAGCUAGCUAAGGCACGAGCAUAGGGAUAUUUACCAACUAUUCCACAUCAUUUUUCACCAGAGCCCUGGCUCUACUCUAACAUACUCGAAACUGUCUCCAUUCCAAUUCUGACCUUAAAUGAUCUCUCA